GCGACUAUCCCUUCGGCAGUAGCGAUCCCUUGACCCAGGGGGUCCCAGAGUGGGAGCUGCAGCCGGAACCCAACUAUUACGUGGUGCAGAACGUGCCAGUGACGAUAUCCUGUAGGGCCACACCUGCAAUACAGGUAGGUGACCUCAUUAUCCGCAUAGACAGGUCAAAGGUGCCUACGAAGAACCAGGUCAACAAAGAGAUUGUGGAUCCCCGCACCCGACGGAAGACUCUGGAGUCCAGCAUUGUUGUCACCAAGGAGGAGGUGGACGAGUAUUACGGCAAGGAUGGGUACGGGUGCGAGUGCACCGCUUGGAACAAUGUCCAGGGCUCACCCAACCCACAGAGCAUCAAGAGCACACGAGGAGUGGUCGAGGUCGCAUAUCUCAGGAAAAGGUUCGAACGGUUCCCGAUGGCGGCGCGAGUAGAGGAGGGACAGCCAGCUGAGUUGGCUUGCCUGCCGCCAGAGGGCAAACCUCUGCCAACGGUGUUCUGGCUGAAAGAUAACGUGGAGAUCAACGUGGACGUGGAUGUGAACUUCAUCAUUACCAGCGAAGGCCACCUCAUCAUCAACCAAGCCAGGAAGACUGACACCGGAAACUACACAUGCGGAGCUAGCAACAUCGCACAGCGACGCACCAGCACUUCUGCUAUGCUCACUGUCUUUGUCAACGGUUUCUGGUCCUCCUGGAGCGAGUGGUCGGAGUGCUCAGCCAGCUGCGGCAAGGGCAAACAGAGACGUUCCCGUACCUGCACCGAGCCUGCACCUUACAAUGGAGGUCUGCCCUGCGAGGGAGAACAGCAGCAAUCGGUUACCUGCAGCCAGUUCUGUCCAGACAAAAAGCAGUUACCAACAACUGAGGUUUUGGCCGAAGCGACAGAGAAAUCUGACAACCUGGCCACAGAAGCUACCACCAGUG